AUGAGCAGCUCAGAUAUCAUUUCACGCGUAUGGACUGGAAUUCUGAAGGUGGAGUUCCAGAUUGAUUCCACACAGAUUCCUUCAACAAACAAUUCUUUCUUUACUGUUCUAAACAGAAAUUCUUAUCUUCACCUUCUGAUGCCCGACAUUCUUGCUUUCUUUAACAUUUCAAUGGACGAUUUUUCUAUUGAAAACUGGUGGUUCGAGUACGAUGGUGUACCUUUAAAGUGGAAUCUGCCUGCGGGCGUUCUCUACGACUCAUCACAUCCGUACACCAGAAAAGAGGACGAGGACACAAUUAGUAAUGUGUGGACGAUAAGAAUGAAAUACGGGGACUUUCCAUCUGCUUACGUGAUUCCAAUUGAGCACAUCGACGCGGAUAGACCGACUGAUUGGCUCGAAUCGGGCCAUUUUCCCUUUUUGAAGAGCCAUUGGAUGAAUCAAAUGAAAGAGGCAUGUUACAUUCUUAAUAACUCAAGCAAAAUCAUGAUGUCGAUGUCCAAAGAGCGAUCUGAUUUCUUCUACCGCUCAGUUGUCAACAAUGACUCACGAGUGUUCGAAUCCUGCUUUCGGAAGCUUCUACCAACUACAAUCAGCCAGAUACACAAUAUUCCUAUUAAAAUACACUUACCGCUCGCCAACAAAGUGGUAAGACCUUCUUUAAAUGGUGUUUCAAGCAAGCUGACACUCGGGAAAAUGCUUCAGCAACUCAUUCCAGACUUAUUUCCGUCAAAUAUGAUGAUGACAAUUGCAGUGCCCAUUUCGCAUGGGGUUAUUCUUCCUUUGGAUGCAUCUGUCAUACAUCUCUACAUGCUUCUUAAGUAUGUGGAUGGGUUUCUCCACAUCAAUGUGCAUAUGCUGGAAAGAGGAAGUGCUUAG